AUGAUACCAUGCAAAUUUUCUGGAGCCCGACCAACUUUUUUGCGGCGGAGAACAUCCCAUGCUAAGCACAGCGAGCGACUGAACAGAGUAGUGACUUAUCAGUUGAUUGUCGAGACGAUAACCAUGAGAGUUGUCAACAAGAUUCUAGCACUUCUGCUGCUUGUUGGCGCGGCGGCAGUUCACGGAGCCGACGAAGCAACAGCAUCUGUUGAGGCAACCAAAGAUGAAGCGAAAGAUGAAGACAGCUCCCGAAACUUGCAGCAGUACAGCUACGGCGAUGAUGGCUACGGAGGUGGUGGCUAUGGAGGUUAUGGCGAUGACUAUGGUGGCUACUUAGGUGGUUACGGCUACGGCAGCAAAGGAAGCAAGGGCUCCAAAGGUGGAUACGGCUAUGGCUACUACUAUGGAAGCAAGGGUUCCAAAGGAAGCAAAGGAAGCAAAGGAUCCAAGGGAGGACCCCCUCCCUGUGGUGGGCCCUACGGUCCUCCAUGCCCCUGUGGCACGCGCUAUGGUCCCCCGUGUCCUGAACCCCCAUGUGGUGGUCGGUACGGACCUCCUUGCCCAUGUGACACUCCUGGUGGACCCCCCUGCCCCCGCCCUCCUCCUCCGACCCCCCGACCACCCUAUCAGCCUCCUCCUGUGACUUAUGAUGAUGACUACUCCCCACCAUACUCCCCUCCCUAUGGUGAUGACUACUCCCCACCAUACUCCCCACCCUAUGGUGAUGACUAUUCCCCACCCUACAACCCUGGCCCUGCUCCCUACCAUGGACCCAUGCAUGACCACUAUGGAGAUGACUACAAUGGCGGUGGCGGCUCCUACAGCGGUGGCGGCUCCUACAGCGGUGGCGGCUCCUACAGUGGAGGAGGUUCUUACAGUGGAGGAGGUUCUUACAGUGGAGGAGGCUCUUACAGUGGAGGAGGUUCUUACAGCGGAGGAGGUUCCUACGGCCCUGCUGUCCCGCCUGGUUGCUUCCUUUCUGGAGGCGGUAUUGUCUGCCCAUCCCCAGGAGAUGACUACUAUGGCUACGGUCCCGACUGCUAUGUCUUGGGUGGCUUCCUCUACUGCGAUGGUGGGGAUGACUAUUACAGCAAGGGAAGCAGCAAGGGAAGCAAGAGCAAGGGAAGCAAAGGUGGAGGCAGUUCUUGGAUCCCCAUCCCCCUCCCUCAACAACCUGUUGAGACUGUCACCCACUCCCACCCACACUCUCACACCGUUUACGAGCCAGCACCGAUUCCUCAAUUCAUUGAAAUUCCUUAUGAUGACUACUACAGCAAGGGCUCAAAGAGCAAGGGCAGCAAGGGAGGCUACGGUGGAGGCAGUUGGAUGCCACUCCCCGUCCCCAUAGCUGGUUAUGGAGGCUCCUAUGGUGAUGAUUACAUCGGUGGUGGCUACAGCGGCCCAGGUUACGGCGGCCCAGGUUACGGCGGCCCAGGUUACGGCGGCCCAGGCUACAGCGGCCCAGGCUACAGCGGCCCAGGCUACAGCGGCCCAGGCUAUGGCGGCCCAGGCUAUGGUGGUCUCCCUGGAUACUAUGGAAAUGGUUGCACUGUGGUUGGUGGCUUCCUCUACUGUGAUGGAGGUGAUGACUACUACAGCAAGGGCAGCAAGAGCAAGGGCUCCUAUGGCUAUGGCGGCUAUGGCUACAGCAAGGGCAGCAAGAGCAAGGGCUCCAAGAGCAAGAGUAAGGGAGGAGGUCCCAUCAUCAUUCCUCUCCCCUGUGGUUCUCCUGGUGCCCCACCAUGCCCAUGCGGAACUCCAGGCGGCCCACCAUGCCCAUGCGGAACUCCAGGCGGCCCACCCUGCCCCUGUGGCGCCUACAAUGGACCCCCAUGCCCGUGCGGAACUCCAGGCGGACCUCCAUGCCCAUGUGGAACUCCAGGUGGCCCACCCUGCCCCUGUGGCACCUACAAUGGACCUCCAUGCCCGUGCGGAACUCCAGGCGGACCUCCAUGCCCCUGUGGAACUCCAGGUGAACCACCUUGCCCCCACACUCAUGAUGACUUGGUCCCUCAUGAACACCUUGUUGAAAUCCCCGAUCAUGAUCACCCCAUCCCUCCCCCACCAGUAUACUCCAAGGGCAGCAAGGGAUCCAAAGGCAGCAAGGGCGGCUACGGCUACUAUGGCAGCAAGGGAUCCAAGGGCGGCUACUAUGGCAGCAAGGGAUCCAAGGGCGGCUACGGCGGUGUAGCCACCGGAGGCUACGACUAUGAUGACUACUACUACUACACUGGUCCAGCAACUCCCACUGAUCCUUCCUACAGCCCCGCUGGCCCAUCUGGCUAUGGCGAUGACUACAGCGGUGGCUCAGGUGGCUCAGGCUAUGGCGAUGACUACUACUAUGGAGGAGAUGACUACUACUACCCUUACUAUGGUGGCAGCAAGGGUAGCAAGGGCAGCAAAGGAGGCUAUGGCUAUGGAGGCUACUACGGUGGAUACGGAGGCUCCAAGGGCAGCAAAGGCGGCUACGGCGGAGCCUACUACGGUGGAUACGGCAGCAAGGGCAGCAAAGGAGGCGGCUUUGCCUAUGGUGAUGACUACAACGGCGGCGGCGGAUACGGAGAUGACUACUACCCCGUAACCACCGCAACAGGACCCGGUAUCCCAGGAGACGACUUCAUCUUUGACGACUUUGUCUUUGACGACGACUUCCCGAUGAUGGACGACCCAGUGAUCAUGGACGACGACCCGGGCCACGACCAAGAUGACUACUACCCCGAAUCCUACUCAAGCGGCAAAACCGGCAAAGGAGGUAUGAGGGAAUAUCCCAAUUCGGUGCCACAUUGA